AUUACUACCAAAUUACAUUGUUCUUCCCAGGAAAUGAUUAGGGAAAUGUAAAAACAAACAAACAAAAAAAAAAACAGCGGUAAACAUGUUUAAAUAGGAUUGAGACAAGUUUUCUUGUGCACCCAAUAUUGGCUCUGUGAUGUGGACAGGACAGGAUCAGAUUUAAAUGAAACCACAUGGAGUAGCAGCAGGGCGAUCAUCCAAGUGUAACCGCAUAUUUCUACUGUACUGUAAGAACAGAAUGGAGCUCCUACGUCGAGGUAACAUUAGGGAUUAGCAUCUAUAAAGUACGAUAAAGUCAUAAAGACAGCCUGAGAGUCCUGCCUGUGUUGUGUGAGUGUUGCAUGAGGGUUGCGCGGUGGUUCCUCCUAGGGGAGGUGAGCGCUGUCCGGUGCUGAGGGGGGAAGAUGAGCUCAGCACGCGCCGGGGGGCAGGUAACGUCAGCAGUCGGCCGGAGCAGGGAAAGACUGUACAUACACACCCACCAAGUGUUUAUCGCCGCUUAAUCACUGAUACACACCGACACACUUUAAAAAUGGGUAGCUAACCUGCUCCGUGUGACUCAGCGCCGCUUUUUUUAUUGCGAUUCAUGAGUGCCUCGGCAGCAUCCCGCGCCCUCCGCUUGGCUUGAAAUGGGAUGAUAUGGGAUUUUUCAUGUCGAUGAAGAUCGGAGGGAUUCUUGCGUUUGCCUUGGUAAUCCUCUCCCUGACGGUGUCAGGAGACUCUGCAGAUGUGAAGUGUGAGAACAUUUAUAAGGACUUUUCUGAUUGUGUCCUGGAGCUGGGAGAGAGCAUGGACAACUAUCAGGAGAACGUGACCAGUGAGAGGGGAGUGGCGGCCGUGUGCAGCCACUGGGAAGCUUUCCACACAUGUGCCCUCACAGCACUGUCCGACUGUCAGGAGGAAGUCAGCUCCAUCUGGGAGACUCUGAGGCAGGACUCCAGGAAGAUGCGCUUCCAGGGAAGCCUGUUCGACCUGUGCAGCCCCAGCUCCUCUCCCACCAUAAGUUCACCUCUUGCUGCCCUUACCCUGCCAUUGAUAGGCAUGCUGAUCGUGACUGGGCCCGACUGGUCCUCUGUAUAGAUUGGGGUGGGGGUAAGGAGGGGCCUUGAAUUCCCCGGGGGUUCAGUCCUCCUGAGUUCAAACUUAAAGCCAAGGAUUUAAGAGGGACAAAUGUUUUAAUAAGGAUUAUUCUGACACAGAGACAUGGAGGUCUGCGCCAAGCCAAUCAUUAUUUGCUGUGAUGAAUAAUGUUUGAAAUCUUCUCAAAUACUUCAGCUUGAUCCUCCCUUAUGUCUAGAAACCGAUAGAGUAGUAGAGAAAAUUACAUUUCUGCCAGCUUAUCAGUCCAGAUUUCAGAUACAAUGUUGAUCAGUCUACAGUCAGACACCUGUGGCUCUGGGUUACCAUUAUACAAGGAGUGGACACAAUAUCAUGAACAUCUGUACAAUCUACUGCAAUCCAAUACAAGAGCCAUGCGAUGAAUAUUAUAUUUAUGAACAUUAUCGCGUUCCAUUUUUGUGGAUUCAACUUCAACGUCAUUUUUAAAGCAUUUUAGAGCUGUACUUGUUUUCAAUAUAAGACAGCAAGGUGUUAAUGUUUUUGUGUCUACUCCCUUUACCAUGUAUUGUAUGGUUUUAUCGUGGUAGUUAAAGAAAUAGUUCAACAUUUUGGGAGUUAGCUGAGAAGAUCUAUACCAGUCUCAUUUCUGUAUGCUAAAUAUAAAGACAUGGCUUAGCUUUGCACAUGGCUGCUACGGCUGCCCCCGGCCAAGAAAUAGUUCAGCACAUAGCUCCCUGUAAAACCACAACUUUUUGUUUUCACACUUUUAUACUGAUUUAACAAAUGAGAUAUAAAAUGUUAAUCUAAAGUGAGCCUUAGAGGUGCUAGUAGGUGGAUUUUGUUAUUUCUGACAGAGCUAGGCUAGCUUUUUCCCACUGUUUCCUUGUCUUGGUUAACUGACUCCUGGCUGUAGCUUUACAUUUAGUGUAUAGGCACGAGAGUGGUAUCGAUUAUCUACUUCUCGGCAAGAAAGAGAAUAAGCAUAUUUCUAAAAAAGUUGAAUUACUCCUUUAGUUAAGAGCUAUAGCAUAUGUUAGACACUAAAACACCAAUUGUAAUCACCAGUGAGUUUGUAUAAAUACAGCCAAGCCAUCAUGAUGUUAUUAGCUAUCAUGUUAUGUCAAGUCAAGUCAAGUUAAUUUUAUUUAUACAGCCCACUAUCACAAAUCACAAAGGGGCUUUACAAUCUGUACAGUAUACAACACCCUCUUUCCUUAGACCCUCGAUUCGAAUGAGAAAAACCCCCCCAAAACCUCAGGAAGAGCAACAGAGGAGCAAUCCCUCUCCAGGACAGACAGACAUGCAAUAGAUGUGUGUACAGAAUAGAUUCACAACAGAAAAUCAAAGUAUACAAUUAUACGUUACAAGAAAACAUUUAAAUGAGCACUUCACCAAAAAUAACAGCAACAUCUUAGAAAAUCUUAGCUCUGUCAUUACAAAACUGUUUGAAUAUGUUGUUAACUUAUUGAUCAGUGAAAGGACCAAACCGUAAGACCAAACCAGACAUUAAAUCUGAGAGACUUACUUACACCAAAGCUAGCUUCUAAACAACAUUCAGAUGUACUAAAGGUGAAAUGCCCCUUUAAUCUGUUUCAGAGUGUUGUAAAUGUUUGUGUACGUGACAAUCAAGCCACUUGUAUAAAACCUUUCAUCCCCUUUCCCCCAAAAAACUUCGGCCCACUGUGGCUGAUGUUGCACGGCUGCUAUAAAGACACCAAAAACAGACAUAUGACACGGCAUCACGUUCACCUCUCUAGCUCCUCUCUCGCUCUCUCAGAGCCUCGCCCCACGCUUUGGUUCAGUCUUAUGUUUGAAUCAAACUUCUGACCUGUUAAUGUAAGAAAAUCUGAAGUGUGAAUGUUCAGUGUUUCCACCUUGUGUGAAAAUUCUCACUUGCAAUAAACACGAUAUUACUAAAACGUUACUUUAAAGUAGUAGUAGUAAAUACUGAAUAGACACAGUACGUCACACAGAAUGCAGAUAGACUACACAGGGGUCUACUCUAUUACAGAGAUCAGAUUUUCAAAGAAGAAUCUGUAUAAUAAUGCAGUCAGACAUCUAAUGAAAAUUCCCCAAAUAAUCAUAUUUUAUCAUAUCAUCAUAUUUUUUUCACACCUAUAAUUAAUUUCAAAGUCAAAUUAGAUGCAAUAGCAAAACUAAUAGCUGCUGUAAUACGAAACAAUGGCUUAUUUUUGUAAAAUAUCCAUACAAUUGCUUUUGUGUCAACAGUAUUUCAAUCAACGAUCGACCAAUUAACGCAUUGCAUAAUUAUGAUGUCAAACAACAGAUUCCAAACUGUGCUGCUCCAUUUAUCUGUUUCACGCUUUUAAUCAAUCUGAUUUUGAGAAACUUUGGCUUGAUUUUGCACAAAAUCCACAAACGUUCAGCUUCAGAGGCAGCCAAGAACGACGAGGUGAAUCUCAUCGAAAGAAAUAAGCUAACGGGUGCUACAGUUUGUAUCAUUCCUUCAUUUAGCCAAUAAACCAUGUGCAAUAUCACUGAUUGUAAUGGUCUUUUAAUCACUAUGAAAUUAGUACUUAGGUUAAAUUUCCUUUACAAAAGAUCUGAUGUUUUUACUGUUACUGCAAUAGUCACCUAGAUUCAGAGCAAAGUAAAAAUUAAUGAGCAAUAGCAUCAAUUUGUUGUGUUUGUUUUUCCAAAGCUGUCACCAUUUGCAUUUCCUUUAAUACCAAUGGUCCCAACAGUCAUUAGCAAAAUAUGGAUGAUUUCUGUGGUCCUGAAUAUUUUUCGUCAUCUCAUUUAUCACAAAUGCAUGAUCAUUUUAGUGACAGUGCUUCAGAAUAAUGAAUUGUUGAUUGUACCUUGGACAAAGUGUGCAGUGGUAUUGAUCUGUGCAUGAAGUUAGGCUAGCUCCUCAGUGUAUCAGCAUCCUUUUUAUGCAGAUUCAUUAACCCACCCGCCUCCACCUGCCUUACCCCCAUUAGCAUGUUUGUUCUAGUGGUUUCUAUUUAUUUCAUGUUUCACGAGUGGUAGCAUUAUGUCAUCCAUUGUGUGUCUGGUGGUGAGAAUAUAAAAACAGUUGUGAUGUCCUCAAAGCAUGAGCAAUAUAUAUGGUCACUUCUUAAGAGAGGACUCUUAUCCCUUCAUGUGCUGAUGGAAGAAAGCAUGAAAAUGAUUGUGUUAUCAUAAAUAAGCAUUAUACCACAAGAAAUUAACCCUAAUGACAGUUUAAACAUGGAAGGAACUUCUGAAUGUAAAAACAAGUUCAGUAUCAAUGUGUUUUUUUUUCUUAGUUUACUGAUACAAAAGCAGACUAUUUACAAGACUGUAUAAAGCAAUAUAUGGCAAAGUAAUGUGUUUGUAAUAAUAAAGCACCAUGUUUAAAACAUA